GGAUUGAUGGUGUUGAAAAAGGGCUUUUGAGUGCAGUAACUGCAAAAUUUGGUCCUUACCCUCUUUUCGAGAAGAAAAGUCGUAAACUACCAGUUGUAUCUACGGAUCCCUUGAAUGGUUGCUCUGAACUGUCAUCAAAGGUGUCAUUGUGCUCUGUUUAGAGACGCAAGUGAGAUAGGUUGGCUUCCGCGAUACAAACUACAUAAGAUGCUUCCGAUUUGUGCUUUUCUGAGGUGCUUGUGGUGUGACUGGAGCAUAUUGACCACGUUUUAACUUACGAGAUAAGGGAUGUUCAGGUGUUAUGAACUUCAAAACUUACGAGAUAAGUUAUUUUUUCUACCCUCUUUAUGUUCACUUAUAUCGGGUGCUUUCUGAUUGUAUCUGGCAUUUAGCAUGUGGUGUUAUCUACAUGUAUUCUUUAAUUGUUUUCUUCUUAAAGGAGGAAACCUUGAAAAAAUAUAUUGGUGAGAUACAAAUGAAAUGGGCAAUAAUAGGUAUAUGGGUGAUGGACACAUUUUGAUAGUUUACUUAUCUAGGAUUUGAGUCUGGAAGUUAUGUAUUUGGUAGGUGGUGGAUGUACAAACCUUAGUUUUAAAAAAAGCGCGCCUAGGCGCCAGCAAAAACGCAUCCUCCACCUCAGGCGAGGCGGAGAACGAGAGGUGAGCCAAGGCGCACAAAGGCGGACGCUUUUGCAAAGGUGCGAGGCGCACAAGGCGGUCGCCUUUUGUUGAGAGGCGCGCGUGACCAUUUACGUGCCAUUUUUUUUGUUUUCAAUGUGUUUGAACGUUAAACUCGCUAACCCUAGGACUCGACAAAGGGAAAUAAUUCCCACACUGCCCGACAAACCCUAGAGAUCUCUCCACAACAGCGGUCCUCGUCGGUGAUACAGCGGCCUUCGCAACGUUCGUCGCCGGUGGUCGCCAGUGAGUCAAUCAGUUGCACUGUCGACUCGUGGUGACUGCGAGUACACAACCAAGGGAAAAGUUGCUCAAUCUGGUGGUGCUGCAGCCUUAAUAGUCAUGAAUAACAUUGAAGCUUUAGAGGAGAUGUCUUGUUCGAAGAAUGAGACUGAUUUGGACAUUACUAUUCCUGUUGUCAUGAUCUUGAAAUCUGGAGGAGACAUUCUAAACAAAGCUGUGGAAGCCAGGAAUAGAGUGGAAGUGCAAGUAUACUUGGCAAAACGUUCAGUUAUUGAUCUUUCUAAUAGCUCAAUAUGGGUGAUAUCUCUUGCAACACUAAUUAUUGCUUCAGUCUGGCCGGAUCUAAUACCACAUGAGAAAAGUGAUGAAGAAUAUGAUGAAUUGUCACCAAAGGAAUCUUCUGCAGCCACAGCCAAGGAUGACUCUGAGAACGAUAUACUUGAUAUAAGUGUAGUGGGUGCCGUAGUGUUUGUCAUUGCAGCUUCUGCCUUCCUGCUGCUACUAUAUUUUUUUAUGUCAUCAUGGUUUAUCAAGGUGUUGAUAAUUAUGUUCGUAAUUGGAGGAUCUGAGGGAAUUUACUAUUGCUUAACAGGCCUUCUGCUUAGACGAUGUGGAAAUGCCAGACAAAUACAUAUUAAAUUACCUCUUGUCGGUGAAUUUUAUGUUAUUCGUACUUUGCUCUGGUUGGCUUGUUUUGGCUUCGCAGUUUUUUGGGUGCUGACACGGUUCAGAUCAUACUCAUGGAUUGGUCAGGAUAUUCUUGGAAUUUGUUUUAUGAUCAGAGUUCUUCAGAUUAUUCGGUUGCCCAAUAUCAAGGUUGCAACAGCUCUACUGUGCUGUGCAUUUUGCUACGACAUCUUUUGGGUCUUUAUAUCUAAAGAGAUUUUCCAAGAAAGUGUCAUGGUUGUGGUGGCCAGUGGUGAUAAAAGUGGCGGCGAGAAUCUUCCUAUGCUUCUUAGAAUCCCUCGGUUUAAAGAUCCACUUUCUGGAUUUGAUAUGAUUGGCUUCGGAGACAUUCUCUUUCCUGGUUUACUUGUCUCAUUCUGCUACAGAUAUGACAAGGCAAAUAAGAGGGGCUUUAUCAAUGGAUAUUUUUUCUGGUUGACAAUUGGUUAUGGUAUCGGGCUAUUCCUCACGUACUUGGCUUUAUACCUUAUGGAGAUGGGUCAACCUGCGCUAUUGUACCUUGUUCCAUGUACAUUAGGGGUGGCAGUUCUAUUAAGUUUGUUUCGAGGUGAGCUGAGGAAUCUUUGGAAUUACGAUUUCGAAUCUGAUGGACAACAACCUGCAGAAGCUUGAAAGGCCAGCAAUUAACCAAAAUUAAUUGUUAAUACUAGCCAAGAUAUGUUGGGCGAAUCUUGAUCCGAGAUUGUGCAUAUUCUUUCUUUUGUUAAUUGUUUGUUUUUUUCUUUUUUUUCUUUUUUUCUUUUUUUUCUGGGCAAGCGCAACCGUAACCUUGGGGUGUAUCAUUGUGUUGUAUAUAAUGUAUGAUCUUCCCUUCGAAAAAAAAAAAAUUGUAUAAUUUUCCCUUUUAAGAAAAAACAGUAUGAUUUACGGUA